AUGUCAGAACUUAAACUCAGGAAACUAAUGGAGCACACGCAGCGGCUGAAAGAGCAACUUGACUUGCCUAGAAUUAAGGUUUCAGAGGCCAGUCAAACCUUAAUUCAAUACGUCACAACAACUAAAGACCAUCUACUUCCUUCGGUUUGGGGUCUAGUUGAUAAAAAGGAAGAUCCUUUCCAAACAGGAGGGGGGUCUUGUUGUAUAGUAUUGUAG